AUGAAUAGCAACAGCACAAAUGCAGACUUGGUGAUAGAUUUGGAUAUAACAAAUCCAGAUCUUUUGGAAGCUACGUCCGAGUUAAUUUCCUUGACAUGUAUUACAUGUUUAGCCGUCGCUCUUGGAGCCAAAACCUAUGGCGAGAAAAUCAAAUCUCUCAAUUAUGGUCGUAUGUUGGUCAUUGCUCUAUAUACAUUAUCCUGGGCGUUUGCUACAACAUCAGUCAUCAUCGUUUCUACAAAUAAUAAUAAUAUUGUCUCUUGUACACUUGGCAUGCUUGCCUGCGAUUUCUUUUAUGCCGGUAGUAAAAUUGCAAUUUACGCUUGGCUUAUUGAGCGUUGCUAUCUGGUCACUGCUGUUAAAACUACUCGGCUAAAAACCCCAUUAUACAAAUUUCACCUAUUGCUACUGUGUCCAUAUGUUGUGAUUUUCGUUCUCAUGUUGUGCUUCAGAAAUAUUUACCUUGAACCAGAUGGCCAAUGUACCAUUGGUUUACAAGACAUUGCAAGUAUGCCCCUACUGAUUUACGACUUUAUCUUCAAUUUGUACCUUACUUGGCUCUUUGUUAGGCCUUUAACGACUGUUGGUAGAAAUGCACGAAGUGACUGGAAAGUGUCAAGAGUAUACAAGUUGGCUCGUAGAACGUUGGUUGCUUCCAUUGUCUGUUUGUCUGUAUCCUUUGUCAACGUAUUAUCUGUAUACUUGAGUCAUGGGCAUCAACGUGGUCUGAUCUGUUUAACUAUGUGCACAGUAGAUGUCACAGUCAAUGUUAUUACUGUUCAUUGGGUCACUGCUAACAAGUCGUCUGGGUCAGGAAACAACCGAACCAAGACAAAUGUCGAUGAGCAUCUGACGGCUGAUAUGACUUUUGAUAUUGAUAACAAACAGAGUAAACCUGUUAAAUUCGAUGCACCUAUGGUGGAGCCAUAUAUGAUGGAUGAUGACUCUUCAAGCACUGUAUCAGCAGAAGUUUCCCAUACUAGCAAAAAACCAAUCAAUAAUUAUUACAAUUGA